GUAGCCUCCAAAUCUACACUAGCCAACGGCCAAACAUAACAGUAGGGUAAUGAACUCUCGCGUUGGGGCCGUGUUGGAGAGAGAUAAACUACUGGUGUGGGAGGCACCCAACAAGAUGGAGAGCGAUCUUUCCCACCGGCGCCCGUCGUACUUCUCCGGCUGCGUGUCGCCGUCGACGUCGUGCCUCCCGGUGCACGACGAGUACUCUCGCAUUCGCAUCGGCAGCGGCAGCGGCGGCGGCGGCGGCGGCUGCCGGCGGCGUUGGAAGAACCUCCUCAAGAGGCUCGUCAGAGAGAGCAAGAGCAUAUACGGGUCCAAGCCCCUGACUUUCCAGUACGACGCCGUUAGCUACUCCCAGAAUUUCGACGACGGAUGCCACGACGACGCGUGCUACUCCGGCCGAUUUCGCCGGUCGGAGGUCAGAGAUUUCAGAUGGGGUUCCCGUGUAAUUGAGUAAAAUGCCUCUGUUUUCAAUCGGUUGGUAGAGCUAGCUUGGAUCGUUGUACUCACUAGUGGGAUCUUUCUCUGCUCAAUCUUGAGUUUUGCUCCGAAGAAGAAGAAGAAGAAGAAGAAGAAGAGAGUUUUGCCCAUUUAAUUUUCUCCCAUAUGUACAUAUAUGAUGCUUUAUGCAAACCUUUUUAUUUUCAGGACAGUGGAUCUGCCUAAGUUCAAAAAUGAACUCUUUCAUAUUAGUGGUUCUAAUUUUCAUAGGAUUUAAUUAUUGUUGUUUUUCAAGUGGGGGAUCAUGAACUUGAAAAUUUUAAGAA